AUGUAUGUCCGGACUGACUGCAGUUCCUGUGAGCACAAGAGAUGGGAGGAUAACUGGUCUUCCAAAUUGGAGCGGGCAAGGACAUUCUUAGCUGAACUAAUUGAGAAGCACAUGCCAGGAGUGAACGAAAUCUCUGCUCUGGUUAAAGAACUUGAUGAUCUGUAUUACAUGGCCUCUUGGGAUGCACGCAACAUGGCCUCGCAUGCUUUUAAGAAAAGUGUGGCACGAGUGGAUAUUAGCGAUCAUAGUAUAGCACGCUCGCCGUUAACACAAGAGGUUCGACCUGAAGAUGUCGUUGAUCCUAAAGAGAAGGAGAAAAAAUGGACGGACAUGGUCGAGAAUGACUAUGACGGUGACUACAUUGCAAGCACUGAUCCAAUACAUCCAGUCAGCACAGACUACUCACAUCCACUCGACGAUGACGAUGGAAGCUGGAUCCUCCAGCAUAUCUCGCCUGGAGCAACGGAAAUCUCAGGCGACGGUGAGGUUGCACUUGACUUUGAUCAAGAUGGAUGGAGCUGGAACAACGACGACAGCGAGAACUCGGUUUCAAUGAUCGCUGCAUGUCAAGAAGAGGACACUAUGCCAACGGUCGAUAGUAACCAUCUCAUCACAUGGGAGCCGGAAGCAGAGAUGUCUUCCAUGGCCACAGAUAUUACCAUGGACGGUCUCAGCAUCAGAGAAAAGCUCGAAAAAGAGCAGAUUGAACUCAUCAUCGAGGCUUUCUGGACAGUUGUCGAUAAGUCCACAGACACUGACCAGCAACUUCAACCUUGCCCUCUCCGCCUUCCAUACAAAUCGACCCACCAGUACAGUGGGUAG